CACAGCAUCAUGUCGACUGGCGUUGUGCGCCAUCUUGACCAGAAAUAAAAAUCACGGGGGCAAUUCUGCUUGCUCCGAUUGUCGCGUCGAACCCAGUCUAAUUGCGAUUGACUCGCGCUGUGUUUCAGCUGCAGUGUAACGUGCUAGGACUCGGAGUAAGCGAGCUCGACGCCGGAUUCUCCGUAGAAACGAAGCAAUGGCAGGGGUCGGCGGAGGGAACGACUUCCAGUGGUGUUUCUCGCAGGUGAAAGGAGCAGUCGAUGAAGACGUGGCUGAAGCGGACAUUAUCUCAACAGUUGAAUUUAACUACUCGGGGGAAUUACUAGCUACUGGGGAUAAAGGAGGAAGAGUUGUCAUAUUUCAGAGGGAACAAGAGAGUAAAAACCGCACUCUCUCAAGAGGAGAGUACAACGUGUACAGCACUUUCCAGAGUCACGAACCUGAAUUUGAUUAUUUGAAAAGUUUAGAAAUUGAGGAGAAAAUCAAUAAAAUCAGAUGGCUACCACAACAGAAUGCCGCUCACUUCCUGCUCUCCACAAACGACAAAACCAUUAAGCUGUGGAAGAUCAGUGAACGGGACAAACGAGCAGAAGGCUACAAUCUGAAAGACGAAGACGGGCGUCUCAGAGAUCCGUUCAGAAUCACGACACUAAGGGUACCGGUGUUGAUGCCUAUGGACCUGAUGGUGGAGGCGAGCCCACGCAGAAUAUUCGCAAAUGCACACACCUAUCACAUCAACUCCAUUUCAGUAAAUAGUGAUCAUGAAACAUACCUUUCUGCAGAUGACUUAAGAAUAAACCUAUGGCACUUAGAAAUCACAGAUAGAAGUUUUAAUAUUGUAGAUAUAAAGCCUGCCAACAUGGAGGAGCUGACGGAGGUGAUCACGGCUGCCGAGUGCCACCCUCACCAGUGCAACGUGUUCGUCUACAGCAGCAGCAAGGGAACCAUUCGCCUGUGUGACAUGCGGGCAGCAGCUCUUUGUGAUAGACAUAGCAAAUUUUUUGAAGAACCAGAAGAUCCGAGCAGCCGGUCGUUUUUUUCAGAAAUCAUCUCAUCUAUAUCUGACGUCAAGUUCAGCCACAGCGGUCGAUACAUGAUGACUCGAGACUAUCUCUCUGUGAAGGUGUGGGACCUAAACAUGGAAAACCGGCCAGUAGAGACCUACCAGGUACAUGAAUACCUACGUAGCAAGCUGUGCUCAUUGUAUGAGAACGACUGCAUUUUUGACAAGUUCGAGUGCUGCUGGAAUGGAUCUGACAGUGCCAUCAUGACAGGCUCGUACAACAACUUCUUCAGAAUGUUCGACAGAAACACGCGGCGUGACCUCACACUGGAGGCGUCGCGUGAGAACAGCAAACCACGGGCCAUGCUCAAACCGCGCCGAGUGUGCACUGGUGGCAAGAGGAAGAAGGACGAAAUCAGCGUGGACAGCCUGGACUUCAACAAGAAGAUCCUGCACACGGCUUGGCAUCCUAAAGAGAAUGUCAUAGCCGUGGCCGCCACCAACAAUCUGUAUAUAUUCCAGGACAAAAUAAACUAAUGAGUGAGUAUGGGGGAUGGGAAACGUGAGCGAGAGAAUCUAAAUAAAUAUUCCCUACAUUAUUUCCCCCGGCACAGAACGGAGGACGCGCAAAAAAAUCUUGAACUUUCCAUAGUCUAGUUCUUAAAGUCAGUAAGAGAAGCUACAGCCUUGUUGCUCCUCCCAGUGCAAGAUUGACCCACUCAUUGAAUUUACACAGGGAAAUUUUACCGAACACCCUCCAAAACCCUACCCAUCUAAAAACCAGGAGAAGGCCAACACUCAUCCUCAGCACCACCGAGCAGAAAUAACAAAACGCAGAGGCCAAAUCGACUUUUCAGCAGUCACAAGCGUGUUUUUUUUUUUUUUCGUUUUUUUUCUUCUUUCUUUUUUUUUUCUUCCUCUCAUUCUAGUCUGAGCCUUCAUUUGUUCUAUUUUUCAACCCAGAUUGUGGAGCACACCGAGAGGACAGUGCAAAUCCAUCACAGUCAGAACCGCACAUAUGUCUCUGUCGCCUGGAAAUCUCCAGAAACAUGACAUUUUUGCUUGUUGAUGUCCGUCAUCAUUCCUCCCCCUGGCCUUAAUCACAGGCCUAGGUGUUUUUAUCUUUUAAGCACUUAAUACAGGUCUCCCUAUUGGUCAGUGGACAAAUUUUUUUUUUUUUUUUUUUGGUUAUCUCCAUAGUAACAUCUACUCACUGACUGUCUAUAUAUAAAUGCACCAACUGGUGUCAAACCACUUAAUAAAAGUAACAAAACUACAAAGAGAAAGCGUUUUUUACAUUAUGAGCAGGUAUGUAUGGGGUUUUUAUGUUCUGUGUUUGCAUGUUAUGUGGAUUCGGAGCACCAGUGAUGAAAUGUGAAGUCAUCCUGCUGAUCUCUAGCCAGCUGCUAAAAGGUGAAGUUCACCUGCACAUCAGUUUUUCUGCAGCGUUGUUAGUCAUUCCUUUUUAAAUUAGUUGUUCACUGUUUCAGUAUAACUUUUUGUUGGAAAUUACAACAACUUUCUUUGCAGUCAGGAUGUAGGGGGGGAACCUACUUAACUUGAUUGACAAAAUCCCGAUCUCCAGGUGGAAACGCAUCAGUAAGCAGCUGGUUAGAAAGCGAUAUUCAGUAUAGGACUACUUGAAGCUGCAGUUGCACUGUACAACGAAGGACAUUCGGCCAUUUUAACUGUCAGUAUUGCUGUUUGCUCUCCGAACGUCCGGCUUUGUCAAAUAUGACUCUAAAGUUGUGGGUUGUUUGUUUUUGGGUCGUUUUUUUUUUUUUUUUUUUUUAUAUAUAUAUAUACAUAAAAGGGACACUGCAGCCUUAAAUCUCUGUAUGAUUAUAGAGGGGAAUCCCAUAAUGAUUCUCCAUAGUAACCAUAAAUAUUAAAUGGUCUCAUUAAUACCACUCCCCACCUUUACCCAGGAUAUUUUCCCCAUUCAAAUACACCUACCCCACCUCAACGCAUUGUCACUCCAUCCUCCUGUAUGUUUGCUGCUACAGUACAUGUGGCUUCGUGUCUGGACACUAGUGACAACAACUUAUGAGAAAUAAAGUAUACUUUCUGGAAUCUGGUCCAUCGAAGCAGAAUCUAGUGCCUGGGAAGAAGGAAAAAAAAAAAACCCUAGCUUUUCCUCCAGUCAGUAAAACAUUUAGUGGCCCAUGUGCUGAUCUUGGUAUUCAUGCACAAAUGUGACGUAAACAGAAAAAUGUAAUAUUUGUGCAUUUAAUCUUUUAGCCAGCUCAUGUCAGGACAUGGGAUUAUAACCGAGACGAGCUUCACGGUUUGCACGCUGCUCGAUUUCCCCAGGCGGCGUUUAAAACAUGUGAUCAGACGUCACAAAAACAACUUGACGAUUCAAGGACAAAGUUGUACAGUUGAUUUGUUCCCAAAUUUAUAGUCACAGACAGGUCAAAGGGCAUCUUCUCUCUGGCCUUGUUCCUUGUUAAAUAAUGAUGCUAACAUUGUGGAAGUGUACACUUGUUUGAUUAUUUUUGACCAAAGUUAAAUAAAUUUUAAUUGUGUUUACCUGA